AUGAGGUUCUCUCUAGACUGUUUGGUGGAUUCCGACGACGAACGGGAGGACGAGACUUUCGCCAAGAAUGACUAUUCAUCGUGCUCAUCACCUGGGUCGAGCAUCAAUAUCAAUGAGAUUAGCUUCGUAAACCCUAACGAAGAGGAUGAAGACGUGCCGCAGCUUUACUUGCCUAAGAAAAAACUAGUUCCUUUCGCUGUUAGAGAACAGAGCUGUCUGAGUGAUGUGAAUUUUGAGAGUUUGGAUCCUGAGCUUGAGCGAUUGAUACAGAGGCUGGACCUCCAGGCGAAACUCCCGGCGAGGGAUGGUUCCAAGGUGGUUGUGGUGAUAAGCAGGCCAACAGAGGCUGGAAAGAAGGAAACAAGCAGCAUGCUGGAAGAGGCGAAAGAUGUGGCAUGUGCUGGGCCUGAGCGGAUGCUCUCAGCUAUAGAGAGCUCGUUCUCGUCUAGGCUUGAGGCCCUGGAGCUCGAAAACAAGAAGCAAGUGGAAAGAAUGAGGCUCCUGAAGCGGCAGAAGGAGGAGGAACGUCGAAGACGUGAGCAAGAGGAGAGACGCAAGCGUGAAGAGGAGGAGAGGCGCAAACGCGAGGAAGAAGCUCUUAGACGACGAGAACUAGAGGAGGAAGUAAAGCGUAAGGAAGAAGCCGAGCGGCUGAAGAGGCAACAGGAAGAAGCCGAGGCUAAGAAAGAGGAGGCCAAAAGGAAGGCCGAAGAAGAGGAAAAACUCAAGCAAGAAGCGAUUAGGAGCAAGACUGUGUCAGACUUUGGUCUGAUUGAGCAGAAAUUCAGAAGAUAUAAGGAGAAAAUCGUCUCAAUAAAGAGGAACAUAAUUGAGCCUGUCAAAAAAGCGGAUCCCGCUUUGAAAACCCUGCUUUCACGCCAUAAGAGGAAGGUUAAUCCAAAAUUCGGUCAAUUGACCAACAGCAACGCGCAACUGCAAAAUAUCCAGAGGGAACUUUGCACGCUGGUGGAUCAGACCAAGGAUAACCAAUUGGCUUUCUUGUGGAUACUCAACUUCAUCGCCAAGGCCAUGGUGCGUCAAGCCGAAACAGAAGUGCGUGUCAAGCCCGAGUCCGCGCUACCGCUGGGUAAACUUGCAGUCAACUUAAUGGUGCAAUAUCCCGAACUUAAAGAGCUUCUUAUGGCAAGAUUCGUUAAGAAAUGUCCUUUCGUUAUCGGCUAUACCUGUAGUAUAGACAGUGAGUCAGGUCGCCAAGACAUGGGUUGGAAGAGGAAGGCCGAUGAUAAGUGGGAAGAGGACACCUUUUAUGAUGAGAGAAUGGGCGGUAUGAUUACUCUUUUUGCAGUUAUAACCAGGUUACCGCUGCCUCAAGAGCAUAUCAACACGCAAAGCCAUCCGAUGCCCAUCUCAAAUUCAUGGCAUAUGAUUGCCCGCAUAGCCAAUACCCCAAGAAACCUGCUAACAAACUCACAUUUCGUCGUGUUGGGUUUCUGGUGGGACGCUGCCGCAAGUGAAUUUAUUGAAGCUUACGGCAAUCAAGGAAAUAAGCUGUUGCAACUAAUAGGUGAAAAUUUAACCGCAUCUGUCGCUGAAAGGAAGUAUGUAGGUGCUGCCAGAUUGCGCAUUCUCUUGGAAGAGUGGCACACCACCGGGAUCAAGACUUUUCCUGAACUAGUGGCAUAG